GUCCGCCAUCUAACACCCACUUCUCAUGAUAGCUCUGUCUACAUGGCUGGUUCGCGCAGAGCCCCAGAGUUAGAUCAGCGGAGAACAGAGGAACCGUCCAUUAGAGACCAAGGGGGAGAUCCGCGCACCCUUGAAUCGACGUCUGCUGCGUCACCGGCGCCACGCGCUGCGAGGGAGGAGUCGAAACGGAGAGUGCGCGAUUUGGAUAACCGUUCCUUCACAAAUCACGGUAGAGGUCGAUCACGCGAGAGAAGCCUUAGCAAAGAGCGAGCUCCCCCGCCCAGUCGCGAGCGUGCAAAAGAGUCCCCCCGAUUGUCCAAAAGAGUCCCCAGUGGGGACAGGGCCUCAACCUCGCACAGGCACCAUCACCAUCACCACACCCACCACCACCAUCACCGCCAGCGAGACUCGUCUCCUGCUUCCAAACGCCACCGCAGCCGUUCCCCAUCUCUCCACCGAGACUCGCACAAACGUAGCAGACGGCAUAGGACACCCAGUCCCGCACGCUCAAGGUCUCGCGCAUCUCGUGCCGAAUCUGCCGCCCGCCCAUCAGAGAAAGUCUCUCCAUCACAACCCCUGCGCUCCAACCGUGAUCGAACCGCACGCCGCUCCACCCCCACCUCGCACCAUCCUGCUUCAUCAUCACGUCGACGGUCGCCAUCACUCGAUUCGCAUUACACUCACGUAUCGCGUCGUGACCGAAGGCGAUCUCCCACGCCAGAAGGGAAAUCAUACCGAGAUUCAUCCACAAAACGACACCACAAGCGACACCGCUUUCCAUCCGAGGAAGCGAAGGACAGGAAUCGAAGGCAUAGUCCGCCUAGGAGGAGAGAUCGCAGUCAUAGCCGCCCGCGUACUGCCCGGCAGCCCCGAUCUCGCUCGCCAAAGCGCAGUAGGCGUUCUCGAAGUCCCGACCGAAAACAAUCCCCUCGGUCCUCGGGGCGCGAAAGGGAGUCAUCAUACACAUCUCAAUAUUCUAAACAGGAUAAGAACCUUACGGUCGCCCAUUCUGGACGUACGAGUGGGGCGACCUCGAGAAGAAGUUCCCCCCUUCCCAGAUCGGGGCACAACUCUGAUACCGAUCGGGAUAAAACUGGAGAUAGCAAAAUGAGAGGUGCUUAUUCCUACCAAGGUCGUGGCGGUCAUCACUCCCACUCCCCACAGUAUCCUUCCCAAGGGCAUUCACCUUAUCAAGGUGGAAGAGGCUGGAGCGGCCACCAAUCACAUAACAACCAAGGAUCUCCUCCACAUGGUUAUUCACCCAACCAUUCUCCGUAUCACCAGGGCUAUUCACCUGGUCAACAACAAAGUCACCAUGCCGGACAGCGAGGUAACUUCCGCAGCAGUCAAUAUGGCGGAUCAGAGAGGCGGCCGUCCGGUCCUGCUUUCACACCUGUAGCAGGUAGGGGCCGUGGAGCCCAACCCACACAAUUUUCGAAUCUUUCCUGGACACCUGCAGCCGGUACACGAGGAGGCAGACCAGCCACAGAAGCCCCACGCCACUCAACGAGCACUACCGCACCGGCGACAUCCAGUACUCAAGCUACAGCUGACGUUGCCGUGGAUGCUGAUGAAAAUCCUUUCCGGCCAUCAAAAGAUCUGCGCGUGGAAGAUGAAAGCGCUAAAGAAGAAAAGAAGAUGCCACCCCCUGAUAAACCAGCUGCAACUCAGCCGGCGGCCAAGUCUGGACCUUUUGGCUUCUCCUUGAAAACCAAGAAUCCUGUUCCAGCCGCUGCGAGCAAGGCAAAAGCGGCGUUAGACGAGCGUGAGCAACCCAGGCAGCCUGAAAGUGAGCGCGAAUCUUUGCUCGAACCAAAAGCAAAAGAUGAACCAGUACGCGACUCAUCAAUAUAUCCUCAAGAGCCCCGGCAUGACAGGGAUUAUCGAGAAUCCAAUCGGGAGCGCGAGCGUGGUCGUGAAUAUCACGGGCGAGAUCGACGCGACGAGUACUAUGAUGAGCGGCCUUAUGAUCGAGGGCCGCCCUAUAGGGAUCCUCAUUACAGCCGCGAUCGAAACCCUCGUGACCACCGUGCAGGAGAGUUUCGAGAGCGCGAUCCAUGGGAGAGGCAUAGAGAUCCUAGGGAUAGAGAUCCCCGUGAUAGAGAUCCUCACAGUAGAGAUCCUCACAGUAGAGAUCCUCACAGUAGAGAUCCUCGCCAUUUACGAGACCCUCGUGACCGCGGUUACUACGAUGACAGAGAAUACAGAGAUCCUAGGGACAUGCCGAACCCCCGAGAUAUACGCGGACCUCGAGACCGUAAUCCACACGACUACAACGCCCCUCGCCAUCCACGCGAGUACCGAAACCCUCGUGGUAUGAGGGAUAUGGGAGAACGAGAACGAGACGACGUGAUGAUGCCGCGCCGUGGCGAGCCACUCCCUGACACCCGACCCAAUCAUCGCAAAGAGCGUCGCGAACCUUUCCAUCCACACCCGCAACCGAUCACAAAGACGAUCAAGAAGAGACGGCCGAAAGAGCGUCCAGUUUUGAGCGCAGAAUUUGCGGCUUCUGAAUCAGUCUACUACCGAAAACCUGGCAAUGAAUCAGUCGUAGGCUCCGGCACAUAUGGAAAAGUCUUCAAGGGAAUCCACGUAUAUACCAAAGACAUGGUGGCUCUGAAAAAGAUCAGAAUGGAGGGGGAACGCGACGGUUUUCCAGUCACGGCAAUCAGGGAAAUCAAGCUGCUCCAGUCGUUGAAUCACGAUAGCAUUGUCAAGCUGCAAGAGGUCAUGGUAGAAAAGAACGACUGCUUCAUGGUUUUCGAAUACCUGUCCCACGACCUCACGGGUUUGUUGAAUCACCCGACGUUCCGCCUUGAGCAAGGCCACAAAAAGGACCUAGCCAAGCAGCUUUUUGAAGGGCUCGACUACCUUCAUAAGCGUAGUGUACUACACCGAGAUAUCAAAGCUGCCAACAUACUAGUGAGCAAUACUGGGCAAUUGAAACUCGCGGAUUUUGGUCUCGCCCGAUUUUACGCCAAGAGGGCCAAGCUCGAUUACACAAACCGAGUUAUUACGAUCUGGUAUCGCUCACCGGAACUGUUGCUGGGUGAGACACAAUACGGUCCCGCGGUUGACAUUUGGUCAGCGGCAUGCGUGCUUGUCGAGAUCUUCACCAAGCACGCCAUCUUCCCGGGAGACGGCGGUGAAAUCAAUCAGCUCGACAAGAUCUACAACAUCCUCGGGACCCCGACCGUUCAAGAUUGGCCCAAUAUUGUCGAGAUGCAAUGGUUUGAGCUUCUCCGACCAACGGAGCGCCGACAGUCGACUUUUGCGGAGAAAUACAAGGAGCGCGUUACGCCGGCUGCAUUUGAGCUCCUCUCAGCCAUGUUUCUCUACGACCCUGCUGCUCGACCGAGCGCAUCAGACGUACUCGAACAUCCUUACUUCACGACGGAAGAGCCGAAAGCAGUGCGCGCCGAGGCCCUCAAGGAGCUGGAGGGCGACUGGCACGAAUUCGAAAGCAAGGCGCUACGGAAGGAAAAGGAGAAACAGGACAAGGAAGCAAGGAGAGCCGCGCGGGAGGGUGAGAAGAGGAGAGCGGAUCCACCUUCCAACGGCGAAGAACGAGAGCCAAAGCGAGUGAGGAGCGGAGAUGACAUUGUUCCUUGA